AUGGCGUCCGCACCUCUCUCCAUCUUCGUCAUCGGAGGCCACGGCAAAGUGGCGCUUCACUUCACGCGCAUCGCCGCUUCUCGAGGUCACAAGGUGUUCAGCAUGAUCCGUCAGCCAGAGCAUGCUUCCGAUCUCCCCACUGGAAGCUCUGCCGACACGGUGCAGCCAGUCGUGGCCUCGCUCGAGCAGUCCUCGGUUUCCGACAUUGCCUCGCUCUUCACCAAGUACUCACCUAACGUCGUCCUCUUCGCUGCAGGCGCAGGCGGCAAAGGUGGUCCGGAGCGCACCAAGGCGGUGGACGAGCAAGGCGCGAUCAAGGUAUUUGACGCCCUCGAGCAGAGCGGCAUUGCCAAGUCGACUGACUUCCGUCGCUUCCUCCUCGUCUCGGCCAUCGACGUGCGCGACAAGACCAAGCCCCCGCCCGCUUGGUACCAGCAGCCGGAUCUGGAACGCAGCGAGAAGACACGCAAAGCCAUCGGCGCUUAUAUGGAUGCAAAGUACGCUGCCGACAAGAACCUUUCCGAAAGGUCGUCCUUCCCGUGGUUCGUGCUUCGUCCAGGUGGACUUCUCGACGAGCCUGGCACAGGCAAGGUGGCUCUCGGCGUCCACCAGAGCCUGGUCCACUCGAUCCCGCGAGAGGAUGUCGCUGCGACGCUGGUCGAAAUCGCUCAGCUUCCCAAAGGUCAGGGCGAUGGUCUCAUGCUCGACUUGCUUGCCGGAGACAACGACAUCCCCACUUCCGUCAAGGAAGCAAUUGAGCGAGUCUUCGCCUGGAGUUCAGCCCGCGAUGCGGUCCAUCCUGUCUCGCUGAGCAGUCAAUGUCAAGCACCCAAACAGCACGGGGAGAACCCGCUGUCCGGCUGUCCAGUCAACACGACCUUUGUCAGUCGAACGCAUCCCUCCGCUUCGCAUCGGACGAUCAGUGCUGCUUUGAACGCUCUACCUGACGAUGGGAGCACGCACACGGUCCUCAUCGAUGCGGGAUGGUACCACGAGAAGGUGCUCGUCCAUCGGUCCAGUCCAACCAUUCUUGCAGGCGUGACCUCCUCGCCGUCCCAUGCAUCCUCGAACAGGGUCUUCGUCUGGCAGUCUUCUUACGUCAAUCAGUCCGAUCCGCGCUCUACGCUGCGCAACUGUGACGCGGUGACUCUCGGCGUUGGCACAGGUGCUCCUCAUCCGAUUUCCAACUUCAAAGCGUACAAUAUCGACUUUGUCCAGCGUCAAUAUCAGCGUGGUCAACUCAUAACCACCUAUCAGCUGGGACCCGCCGCAGCGCUGUGCGUCGAAAAAGCCAACGCAUCCUUCUACAGCUGUUCCUUCUCGAGCUAUCAGGACACGCUCUACGUGGGCCCCGCCUCUCAGGCCUUCUUCUUCAAGAGCACGGUUAAGGGUAUGACGGACCAGCUGUAUGGCAUGGGCAAGGCGUGGUUCGAACGCACCCUCCUGCUCUCUCGUGCCUGCGGUGGCGGCAUCACCGCUUGGAGGGGCGAUCCCAACGACGCAAAGGUGGGCGUGUACAUCCUCAACUCGCACAUCGCCAGAGCAGACGAUGCGAUUCCACUCAAGAAGAUGCACGGCAAAUGCUACCUAGGACGACCAUGGAAUGCAAAAGCCCACGCAGUGUAUCUGAAUACCAGCAUGGACGGGAUUGUCGCGAAAAAGGGGUUCAGAGUCUGGGGAAGGGAGGAGAGCAAUUUUGACCCGCGAACGACGAGGUUUGACGAGUACGGUUCGACGGGUGCCGCUGGAGACGUGACGGGGAGGAACAUGACUUUGGAUCGGAUUCUGACCAGGGAGCAGGCUAGCAGGAUCACGAUCGCGAGCGUGUUUGGUGAUACUUCGUGGAUCGACUGGAAGCGGGUUUGGGAACGAUGA